CCUCUUUGCCCCGUGAACAAGGGGAUCGAACCAAGGUCAUGUUCAUGGUAAAAUAGUUAUUUUUUCUUUCUGUCUUUGGACCUUGGAGAUCCUCGCCAAAAGAGUUUGAACAAGGAACAGAACCCUUUGAAUGUGAAUCAAUUUGGACACCAGGAAACCUCAGCCAAAUUCCGACAAUUAGAAGACACAAUAAGGACAGCUUAAGGCAUCCAUUAAUCCUAUCAAUCAAUUCUUAGUGCUUAUCGCCACCUUAAAAAUGUUUUCCUUCGUUUUCAUCUGUUUUUGUCUCUCCGUCCCCCACCUCUCUAUAUUUCCCCUCCUACGACGGGGCGAAUGCUUGUGCUACAAUCGUGCCAUUUCUCUCCACAAUGCGUCGUCCCAGUCGAUCUGAUGGCUUGGCCAAAGAACGCCUGAGAUGGACUCAAGAGCUGCAUGAUCGAUUUGAAGAUGCUGUUAAUCAGCUUGGAGGUCCAGAUAGGGCGACGCCAAAGGGUAUCCUGAAGGCUAUGGGGGUUGAUGGACUGACCAUUUACCAUGUCAAAAGCCACCUGCAGAAAUACAGGAUCUUAAAGUUUGUUCCAGAAACAAAUACAAAAUGCAAGUUUGAGAGGAGAGAUAUAUCAGAAAUACUGCCUAAUUUCGGUAGAACAUCAGGGGCUCAGCUUAAUGAAGCCUUGCAAAUGCAUAAGGAAGCAGAAAGAAAGCAAGGGGAUCAUCAGCUCGAGGCUCAAAGGAACUUGAAGAUUAAGAUUGAAGCUCAGGUAAUAUUCCUUGAGAGACUUGCAGGCCAACAUAGAAACCGAGCUACCCCAACAAAAGCUACCAAGCCAUUCUCUCCCACAUCACUGCCUUCACUCUGUGAGGAGUCUGAGUCGACUGCAAAAGAUGGUUUCGAAACCGACCCCGAGGCUGACAGAAAUGAGAUAGAAUCAGGAGAAAGAGUUCAAGCAAUGUAUGCAUUCGAAUCAUUGGACCAAUAUGAUCAUCAAGACAUGGUUCUUAACAGGGAAGAAAGGGUUUCUUACCUUGCUAAUGAUAUCAGCUUUCCCUGGAAUGCCACAGUUUGCUCAUCAUCCCCCCUGGUGCCUAGCUUUUUGUGACUUUUGCCACAACUUCCAUGUACAAUUGAUUUUGUAAAACAAAGCAAUAAAACCAUAUCAUGGACAC